CCAACUUUGCCAACGGGUGCACCUACCUUCCCGGGAUGCGUCCCUUCGCACCUCGUCCAAGCCCCUGUACAUCGCCCCUAAGCGAGAAGUUCUUGAUGAAGCAGGGUGUCGUUUCGAGAAGGUAGCCUGAGGGGCGAUGUCUUUGCCCAUCGAUGCGAUGAUUUCGAGGGACCACCUCUCUCACCUCUUCCCCCAGGUCGCACCCCUGUUACAUGACGAUGUUUGAGGUCACUAGAAAGUAUAAGAGAGCAGCUCAAAGACUGCUCGACCCCCAAUUAUCACCAUUCUCAUCGACCUUCACACACCCAUCUCUAUCUCCCACCAACCCACCCACACUCUCUCUUUCAAGAUGGUUUCUGCCAAGUUCAUCUUCUCGCUCGCCGCCUUCGCGGCCGCUGCCACCGCCGCUCCCGUCGACUCGCAGCCCGAGGCGCACCUGGAGAAGCGCUCCUACUCGGGCCGCGCCACCUACUACCAGGCCGGCAUGGGUAACUGCGGCUGGGAGAACACCGGCGCGGACAAGAUCGUCGCUCUCAACACGGCCCAGUACGGGUCUACUAGCGACCAAUCGGAGCACUGCGGCAAGAAGGUCCGCAUCCACCACAACGGUCAGACGCAGACGGCUACCGUCGCCGACUCGUGCCCCACCUGCAACUACGGAAGCCUCGACAUGAGCAAGUCUCUCUUCGGCGCUCUCACCAACGACAACUUCGACCUCGGCGAGUUCCAGAUGACCUGGGAGUUCGUGUAAACGUUCUCUGUUUGCUCUUUCUUCAUGGCUUUUCGAAAAGGCUUCUUUGUCUAGCACAAAGGGCCAAUUGGCCCCCCUUGCUACAUCGUCACGGGUUUCAACUACCGGGUCUAUAAUUCUACCACAUCGCUCCUCACUAUCCAUUCUUCUCUUAAUCGUACCGCGCGAUCGUCAACGCUACACAGAGUAGCCGGGGCAUCGCUGCGAAGGGCUUCCAUGUCAUUGAACACUCUGUAUUUACAUCCAAGACCAUUCCAAACCACAAAGC